GUGGUCUUCAGUGCCGGGCACUGCGCAACAAACCAACUUGCAAAAGAAAAAAAAGAAACACCGCAACCGAACUCGAUUCUUGGCUUGAAAAUGGAGCAUUCCUGGCGGGCCACAACGGUCACGACGGCGACGGCGGCCCAGCCGGGAUCCGGCAACCACACGUGGUCGGACUCGCCUCUUCUACGCCUCACCGCGCGCAUCCGACACCGCAUCUACCGGUACCUUGGGCUGGCAACGUGGGAUAGCCAGCAUCCAUCAUACGGAUUCGACUUGCGUGAUGGCCUCACGGCCGCGGGGACGGCGCCGCACCCUGGCGAUUUCUAUGGCUUGCUCCUUUCUUGCCGCGCCAUUUACGCCGAGGCGGCUGCUCUCUUGUACUCGGCCAACCGCUUCAUUCUUCACUAUGCCCAUGCGCACCCGGAACCCCUCGGGCCUCUCCUCGCUCUCACCACAUCAUCACUGGCGUCGCUGACGAGCUUAACCAUCGUUCUCAACCAGGCCUCCUGCCACCACCCGGACGAGUACGGAGGCUAUCCGGCUUGCUGUCUCCAAGGUCGCGAAGACGAUGACUUCGAUGGCGCCUAUGAUUGCAAAACCUUCCACGGCGACGUACACAACGUCCCGCUGCUCGGUUCGACCUCCGAGGGCAACAACGCCGCAGAGGGCGAUGAUGACGACAAAGUAGCGGCAGCCCACGCUCUACAAAGCAAGUGGCACUCGGCCGUAGCCCAUUUAUCGUCUAUUACCAGUGGGCACCUCGAGCUCGCCUUCGUUUGCGACAUUGACCCUCAUCAUAAGCGGACAUUCGAGGUUGCUUUAUCCAUCACUGCACCACUCCGCCUCCUACCGCCUCUGAAAGACUGCCAUAUCCGACUUUGUAAAACCCCGGACCCUCGGCUCCAGCAACUGGCUCAAGAUAGUGCCUUACAAGCCUGCGGUAUUGCUCCUCCCUCUUCGAAGCCAUCGACACUAUCAUCUCUAACAACCCUCCCACGCGAACUACGCCUUCGUAUCCUCGAGUUUACCGACCUCAUCGUCCCCAGUAGGGAGGUUACAUGGAGCAGACAGGACCAGGGAUACAUGACAUUUUCCUCCGAAUCCUCGCACUCACCUGACCAACGGUACCGCCGCCAGUUUUUCCACUGCUGGCGCGACGACGGUUCUGGCCCGUUCAUCGGUUGUUUUUGCCGCCGUCGGCACUCUACCUUUUCGUUCAGGUGUAAAUGCUGGGCUCCGCCAGGACCUGUCCUGUUCCUUAGUUGUCGUACCUUGUAUCAGGAUGCCCAGCUCGUCUUCUUUUCGGGCAACCGCUUCAUCAUCCACGAUUACCAGGCUAGCCCGCCUUGGGAGUUACCAUAUGUCGGCCAAACUCUGGAAGAACGUAUCCCUAAACGCGACUACCCAAACAACCGCCUUGCCGUAUCCCAGUUUCUACGAGAAGUCGUCCCUCCCCAGUGCCUUGUCUACCUCCGCUUCCUCGAGGUAGUCUUUCCUCCUUACCCCCCUUCUGCCUGGCCUCAAGCAGGUCACCCUGCUAUUGAUGACUGGUGGGCAACUGUCGACUGGCUUCAAGGCAAGAUGAAUGCGCCGGGGCUUACCCUACGACUAGUCGGGGCAGGAGUAAGCGACUGGACCCCGGACGCGUAUAGUGACACAAUAACCGUUUCCGAGGGGGACACUAUUAUGAGGGCACACAUGGCUAUUUUACGCCCCCUAACACGCUUAGCCAACAAUGGUCUCGCCAGGUUUUAUGCCAACUUCGUCUACCCUUGGCUUCGGACCGAGGAAUCACGGGACUACAACGAAAGAUGGGACUGGCUGCAGGACAGGAAGCGAGAAAUCAAGGAACACGCCGAGCGUUACGUUAUGGGCGACCGGUACGAAGGCCUUUACGCAAACAACAGGGAGGAGCCGGAACGGAGCUUUUGGGAGGACUUUCAUUACAAUCAGCUUUGACCGUCCUGGCCAUCUGUCCACCCGUAAAGGUCGACAUGGCACAGAAUGAAUGAUAUGUAAUAACCAAUCACGAUCAAUAUCUGGACAGGAGCCGCACAUGGUUGGUGCAACACACCUGACAGCCUGGCAGUGAGAAUCUGAAGCCCCGCAACCCCCGGCUCUCU